GGCGCGACGCGCGACCAUCUACCCUCCCUCCUCUUGUUCAUAGCAACCUGCGAAUGUCAGACUACGAAGCCUCGACAUCCAUUCCGUUUUCCUUUUUCGUAUCCCUCAUCGAACACAUAUCGCGCAUCAAGCCCCGAAAAGCCAGUAAUCAUGGAAAUAAAGGCACCUCCCAUUCAACCUCCAGUGUUGUGCAGACAUUCCGCAACUGGGUAACGGAACUCCAUCGUCGGUACGACCCUCUACCUCCUGGAACGACUGCUAUCCUAUUCCGGCUCCUCUUCCCUGAAGAGGAUGCGAAGAGGAAGUACGACAUGCAAGAGGCGAGGUUAGCACAAGUGCUCUCCGGUGCAUUUGGCCUGCUGGGACGAGGUACAGAACGCGCAAGGGGUUUGGCCAUUUGGAAAGCCGAGAACGCGAUUGGCUGUUUAGGAUUUGAAGUCCGGAAAGUGUUGGCCGAAAGUCGAGGAGUACGUUUGAUGCCGUCUCAAAUAUGUACGCUCGAAGUACUUACUCCUCAGAAGAGCCUCGGAGACGAGCUCAGCGUCGCAGAAGUCGACGCCCUCCUCUCGACCCUAGCUUGCAAAUCCGCGUUCUCUGCGGACAGCGUACGCCAAAAUGCAGAUAUUUCAACCCCGCUGAAGGACAAAUCACGGACUGAGAUUGUCCGCUCCCUAUACAGUCGCUUAUCAGCUCCCGAGGCCUGCGUAGUGACCCAGAUCAUCCUGAAGGACAUUCGGCCGUUGCUGUAUCCUCUGCCAGAGGACGAGACGCACUACACGACGCUGUUGAUACAGUACAAGAGCAAUGCAUUGGAGCAGCUCUCCAAGUUCGACGCUAUGCGUGCUUGGGACUCCAGCGGUCGUAUGCUAUCCGCGUAUCGAGUCCGUGCAUGUCUUGACGAAGCUGCAUCAGCCUAUGAAAAGGCGAUAUGCGCAGGUAAAGCAGGUGAUGUUCUCCUCGCACCACAGGUUGGGAUACCGAUUCAGAUACCGAAGUGCUCGAAAGGGCAAGGCUGCGUACAGUCUCUCCGACUUCUUCGAGGCUCGAAGAAAGUCUGGGCGGAGACCAAGUAUGAUGGGGAGCGGACACAGAUACAUGUCGACCUCGAGGCAGGCUUCCCUCGUAUCACGAUUUACAGCAAGAGCGGGCGGGAUUCAACCAUGGACCGGGUCGCCAUUCAUCCUCUCAUUCUGGACGCGAUUGGGUUCAACGAUUCGUCUUGUAAGGUGAAGAGAAACGUAGUGCUGGAAGCAGAGAUGGUUGCCUACUCCGAUACUCUUCAUCGCAUCGACGAGUUCUGGCGUAUCCGGAGCCUCAUCAGCACUACUGCUAUAGGGCCGCGUCACAGCAGACAUCCCAAGCAUACUGCUGCUGAUACCUCACAGGAUGCUGAAGAUGGGUCGCAGUGCUCCUUGGCCUCCAACGCAUCUGACGACGGUACGCGGCACCUCGCGCUCGUCUUCUUCGACAUCCUUGUUCUCGACGACGCGUCUCUCCUCUCUAGUUCUUACUCUACCCGGCGCGCGACUCUCGAAAGCCUGCUCCACCCCAAACCGGGGUACGUCAUGCUCGUCAAGCGCGUGGCCAUCGAUAUGCAGCCCAGUGUCAGCACUCGAGGCGGAAUGGACCCGGAAGCACGCCUUCGGGAGAUCUUCGCGCAAAGGAUUGCGGACCACCAAGAAGGAUUGGUGUUGAAGGCCGACGAAGCGCGAUACAACGACUGGAGGUUGCCGUGGGUCAAGUUGAAGAAGGAUUAUAUCGAAGGAUACGGAGACACCCUAGACCUCGUGCUGGUGGGCGCUACGUGGGAGAAGGAGCGCGCUCGGGAGCUUCGAGUCGCGCCCACGGCUUAUACCACUUUCUACAUCGGAGUGCUGGCGAACUCUGCCGCUCUCAAGACGAAUCCUAGAUGCAUGCCGCAUUUUGAAGUGUUCUUCACGGCAUCUUACGGGCUGAGCAGGCAGGAGUUGGAGCAACUGAACUUCCGCAUCAAGAGCUCCGACCCUGUGCGCUGUGAGCCUGGGAAGGCAAUGCAUGGACUUCCGUACACCCAUCAUUUGUUUCAUGGACUUCCCUCCCCUACUGUGCUCCUCCCCGAGCCGAUCCUUGUAGAAGUCGUUGGUGGUAGCUUCACCAAGGCAGCUCACAGCAAGUUCUACGAGCUCCGCUUCCCGCGCAUCGUAAAGGUCUUCCGGUCGAGCGAACGCUCAUGGACCGAUGGUGCCACCCUCGAGGAGUUCCAGCGGAUUGCACGAGAGUCAGUCGGCCACGAGAGCUCGCACAAGGACGUUGAGGACUGGUGCAACGAGCUCUGGGGCAAGCCGAGCUCGCCGGGAGCCAAAUGCCCUGUCAAGCGGAGGCGAACGGAGGCCGAGUGGGCAGAAAAGCUGGAAAAGGCGGAUCACAAGUCUGGGAAGAGGGCUAGGAAGGCUGAGACAGAACACGGUGUUCGUCCGGAGGCUAGUACUGCGGGUGGACGAGAGAAUCGCACCGGCGCGUUGCCGGGGUCACCGAAGUCACCUAGGUUAUUGAGAACUCUAGGCUCAAUGACGAAUGUGAUGAGGUGGUCUCCCGAAGUCGACAUGCCGCUGCAACAUCUCGCCCCGGGAGCGACGUUGACUUCUGCAAAUGCCAUACCGUCUCCGUCGCCCACGAGGAUACACUUGCGCAAUGCGGAAGACCAAAGAGCUAGCACUCUUACGGAUGCUGGUUCUGCCGAAUCCUCCGACGAUUUCACGACAAAUUGCAUUCCAGUUCGCCGUGUAGGCGCGGAACAAGUCACCGCCGGCGAUCAUCGUGUUGAGGACAAUGUCGUUGUGGACGCUCCGGCCUCGCCUCCACCGGAAUUUACUUCGACAUCGCUGGGACAUUUUCUCCAACAUGCAGUCAUAUGGCUCGCUCAGCCUCGCAGCACACCUCGACCAGCAUGGCGUGUACCUUCCAAACUCAUAUUUCCGCCUGGUCAGCAGGUACACAGCCUCGAAUCGCUCCUACAAGCUUGCCGCUGGGGCACAGCGGAGAGCAUGAGCGUGUGCGACUGGGCGGAGAAGGGCGUCAUCUUCGUCGACGAUACAGCGCCGGAGUCCAACGACCGACCGUGGACCGAGUACCCGCUCAAGUCGUUGAUGGAGCGCAGGUCGACCCUGGUUCGCGAAGUAGGGCCUGUGGCUUGCAAGCCGGUCUGGAUAUUCAGCAUGACUAUGCUCAGCUACGAGGCAUUGAGUAACGCCUGCUCAGACGUGGAGGACCGGGCCUUGUGUAAAUUCGGUUGAAGUCGGGGGCACACUUCGGCUUAACUUAUCGUUAUAUUAUCGGUUUCCGCGAGAAGGAUCGUCCGCAUACGUAGAAAGACAAAAUGUAAAUGGAAGA